AUGCACCCCGCCAUGGCCCGUCGGACAAGGCUCCUCGGACAGUCCCCGCAGGACCGGACCGUCGAAACGGGAAACCAAGACCGCGUCCGCGCGAGGCCACGAGGAAGCACGAGGAGCCAGCAGAGCCAAAAAGCGACGCCUCACUCGGGGCAUCGAGCCCCAAACAAGCCUCAGGGCCGACAGCGACCCCGGGCCCGCCGCGGGGCUUCAGCCUUCCCCACGGGGUCGAUCGGCUUCAUCGGCGGGCCGGAAGAAGCACAUGUUAGCAUGGCGUCGACCACGGUGGCUGCGGGCGCGCUGGAGGGGCUGGAGGAGGGGAUUCGGCCUCGGCAGCGCUGGAGAGGGAGGCUGGAUGUGAUGCGAAAGCGAGACGGAGCGCACAUCAUGGCCGCUUCGGGCACGGCGGAGAGCUUUCGUGGAGGGAGGGCGAGCGGUGUCACUCGUCGAAGCACGGGGGAGGAGCGACGAUCAGCUGGACGACGGGGGUGGUCGCUUGGCGCUUGA